UUUAUCCUUGUGUUUUAAUUAAUAAAAAAUUAGAUAAAUAAAAUGUCUGAAAGCAAUUGCAACUUGUGUCUCGCAGUAAACAGAAGAACUAUCAAUAUAAUGAAAACACAUUUACAAUUAUUGUAUGAAAAACUUGCAAACUUUAAGGUCAGUCCCGAUAUGAGCCUUUGUGUUUGUUAUGUUUGUCACACGAGAUUGAGACAAUGUCACCAGCUGAGCGUGAUGGCGAAACGGAGUCGCUGCUUUCUCACCACUGGCCUGCUGCAGACAAAUAUAAAACUGAAGUCGGACAGCAUGGGUCUGGUGAACUUGUCGUGCUCCGGCACCGCGCAUUUCACCGUGCCCGACCCCAACUCUAACAGUAACAAUACUGUGGAAGUUCUGGUCAAAAAGGAACCCUUGAUCUCCGUUACCGUAGAAGAUCUGAAAUUUAACAUUGAAGAUAUGGAGCAUUACGAUGACAUGGACAACACGGAAGAUUGGCACUCAGAUGAUGCUAAGAAAUAUACCAAAAAGUUAAACAUUGGAAAUGAUGUUAAAAAACACAUGGCCUGUUUUAAAAAUAAAGUAGAAAUAGAAAUAAGUGCGCUCGAGGGAGGAAUCAAAGAAGAAAUCCUCGAUCGAGAAAUAAAAAAGGAAAUCGUCGACGACGACGGCCACUUCGACCCCGCAGUCAGCACCGUCCUGUACACCUGCCGCGUCUGCAACCACAUGUUCAGCACCAUGAGCCUCCUCAACAAACACAAAGCCACUCACAGCGCCAGCAGAUUAAAGGUCGCGUCGUCGACAAAGAAGGUGCCCUGCUCCAUCUGCGGCAAGAGCUACGCGGACAAGAAGACCCUCAACAGACACAAAAGGAUCCACUCGGACGCCCGGCCCUUCGCCUGCGAGGUCUGCGGGAAGGGCUUCACCCGGCGCGACCACUACAACAAGCACCGCCAGAUCCACGCCGAGCCCCGCUGGUACUCCUGCACCGACUGCGGCGCGCGCUUCCCCUCCACCCUUGAGUUCGAGGCCCACGAGUGCCUCCCGCCCCCCGCCGAGCCCUCGCCUAGCGCCUGCGACGUCUGCGGCGAGGUCUUCCCGCGCUGGGACCUCUACCACCGGCACAAGACCGACGUCCACGGCAUCGCGCUCUUCCCCGAUGUCACGAUCGAGAGGAUAACGCCCCCCACCCCGCCCGCCCCGCCCGCGGAGCUCUACGAUCCCCCGGCUGAAGCCGACAAACAGCGGGAGAUCAAAAAACAAAAACCGCCCGUUGUGUUCGCCGUCAAACGGCGCAAGAAGAGAGAUGAGCUCUCGUGCGACAAGUGCAGGAUCCGGUUCGCCAACAAGUACCGGCUGCAGAACCACGUGCUGACGAAGCACCGGGGCGUCAGCUACGAGUGCGACACGUGCGGCAAGGUGUUCCUGCGCCGCGCCAACCUCGGCCUGCACCUGCGCACGCACACCGGCGAGCGCGGCUACUGCUGCGACGUGUGCGGCAAGACCUUCACCUACAAGAGCAGCCUCAAUGUGCACCGGCGCGUGCACUCCGGCGACAAGCCGUACGCCUGCGAGCUGUGCGCCAAGCGGUUCGCCGCGUACGGGCAGCUCGCCGAGCACAAGCUGGUGCACUCGGACGUGCGCGCCUUCGCGUGCGACGUCUGCGGGAAGAGCUUCAAACGGCGGCGCCACCUAAAGAAGCACCUGACCUACCACUCCGGCGAGAAGCCCUACACCUGCGACGUGUGCUUCCGCAGCUUCACCCGCAACGACAACUACACCAUCCACAUGCGCAUCCACACCGGCGAGAAGCCCUUCGUCUGCGACGUCUGCGGCGUCACCUUCAGCGAAAACCGCCACCUCAAAAAACACAAAAUCGUCCACGAGUGAUCUUUCCUGUAUCAUACGAGAUGUCAUUGUUAGGCUGUGUGUUCACCAAAGAUGUGUUGCGAGGAAUGUGUUUUUGAGAACCGGUAGUAUCGCCGCGCUGAGCGAUGUCAUGGCAAGGUCAUGUCAUUCUAUUGUUAUCACGGUCGAAUUCGACCGCUUGGGAGUUUAUGGGUGAUUCUAUGG